UUUUCCUGAGUUUUGGAAAUCAGAAAUACGAACUCAACGGUUUAACCAGCUGAUUUUAAUUAAUUUCUUCUUUUUGUCGGAACUUGGAAACCCUUUACAAAGUCCAACCUGUAAGUAUACGUACGGCAUCUUUACCUAGUUUACAGCUAGGUGAUGGAGGCAAUGGAGGAUCUGGUACAGAAAACGUUGGAAGCACAUUGGCGGAUCAAGCAAUAUGUUUACAAAACACCCCUGAUGUUUUCACGCCCACUCAGCAAAUUAGCUAGUGACAGCAAAGUAAAAAUCAAACUCGAAACUGAACAAUUGACAGGUUCAUUCAAAAUACGUGGUGCUUUCAACAAGUUGUUGAAGAUGUCGUCUGAAAGUGACAUAGUCAAAGAAAGGGGGAUUAUCACAGCAUCCUCUGGAAACCAUGGAAUGGCCUGUGUUGAGGCGGGGAUGAAACUGGGAAUUCCAAUCACAGUAUACUGUUAUAAGGAUGUUAGCGAACAUAAAAGGACUGCCUUACAAGAUAGAGGAGUGCGUGUCGUGCUGCAUGGGAAUGAUUGUGUGGAAGCCGAAAACGAGGCUAGGUCAAGCGCUGAAAGGCAAAAUACAGAAUACGUCUCUCCAUACAACGAUCUUGACAUCAUUGCAGGGCAAGGAACUAUUGGAAUAGAAAUUCUGGAGGACUUUCCUGAUGUGGACAGCGUUUUGGUCCCAGUUGGGGGAGGGGGAUUGAUAGCUGGAAUAGCCAGAUACAUCAAGCAAGUAAAGCCAUCUGUUGAGAUCAUCGGGUGCCAGCCACAGAACUCCAAGGUAAUGUAUGAGAGUGUGAAGGCAGGGAGGAUCGUGUUCGAGGAAUCAUUGGACACUCUUUCUGAGGGCACGGCAGGGGGAGUGGAGGAAAACUCGGUAACAUUCCCAUUGUGUGAUCAAUACGUUGACGACUGGAUAAUGGUCACAGAAGAAGAAAUAGGAAAAGCAAUUGUGUACAUGUUACAGCACCAUCAAAAGGUGUUUGAGGGGGCAGCUGGUAUGACUCUGGGUGCUUUUAUGAAGAAUCCUGGGAGAUUUAUGGGGAAACGUGUGGUUAUAGUCGGCUGUGGCGCAAAUAUUGGAAUAAAUACUCUGAAACAAUUGAUAUCUAUGUAUACAUAGAAAGAAAAAAAAAUGCAGUUUACGUGUACAAACAUAUCUACAAAAAUUCUGAAUCAUAUUGGAAGUACGCUACUUGAGUACCUGUAACACUUGUAUCAGCAAUUGUGCAGUUGGAGUACAAAAUAAUCAAGCUAUUACAUGCAAAGAGUUGCUACUCAGUAACAUAAAUUACAUUGCCUUCUCAUAUUAUUCAUUGUGAUUGAUAGGUAUAAAAGAUGUAUUGCAAUAUAGACCCCACCCCCUAAAAUGUUAAUAUCUGAUUUGUAACCGAAAAAAAAUGCUUAAUCUUUUUCAUUCAUUAUGUACAUUCAUUAUAUUUAUCCAGAUUCGUGUACGUUUAUAGUAAAAUAACAGUCAAUGUGCUCUAUUUCCUUUUAUGCGACCAUGAAAUAUUAUAUAAUAUGUGUAAAUUUUGUACAGAAUUUAUGGACAUGACAGUAAGUGCAAUUUUAUCACGUAAUUUAUCUUUUUU